AUGAAACUCCGGGUGCGGCUGCAGAAGCGAACGGCUCGGCUUGAGUUGCCAGGGGCGGAGCCAACCCUGGAAGAUCUGCGCGCGCGCCUUUGCCAGACCCUGUUGCCCGCUUGGGGUUACAGUUCUAAUACCCAAUUUGCAAUAACCUUGAACAACAAAGACUCCCUCUCUGGGAACCAGGAACCUCUAGCAUCAUUUGGAAUUGUUUCAGGAGACCUGAUAUGCUUGAGGCUGGAAGACGCCAACGCAACACUCACGUUACCUCCAUCCCCUCCUUCCACUUCAGCAGUAUGUCACAACCAACCCAAUAGUACAGAAAAAGAAAGACACAAUGGGCACAUAGAAGACGGUCAGGUCCAAGAUGACAAGCAAAUGGCUGACAAUACGGCAGGAUCCUGCCAAGAGUUUGCUUCAGAGAUGGUCUCGGAUGUUCCUGAUCUCCAAGAAUCUGAGGGUUCUUACCCUAUGGGGCCGAUGCUGUGUUCUGAAGCUACAGAUGGGCAAGUGCCGCAUUCUCUUGAGACCCUUUACCAUUCUGCAGAGUGUGUCAAUGCCAACGAUGCUUUGAUAGUUAUGAUUCAUCUUCUCAUGAUGGAGACGGGCUACGUACCUCAAGGGACAGGAGCAAAAUCAAUGUCCAUGCCUGAGAAGUGGAGAAAUGGUGGUGUUUAUAAGCUACAGUAUACUCACCCUCUCUGUGAAGACGGCUCUGCUGCCCUGACUUGCGUGCCUUUGGGGGACUUUAUUGUCGUCAAUGCAAUGUUGAAGAUCAGCAGUGACCUCAAAAGUGUGAAGAAACUGCAGCUUCUGCCAACAUCCUUUGUUUGUUUUCAAGACGCAGCAAAUAUCACUGGUGUGUAUAAAGAUCUUCAGAAAUUAUCUCGUCUCUUUAAAGAUCAGCUGGUGUAUCCUCUUCUGGCAGCUGCCCGUCAAGCUUUGAAUUUACCAGAUGUGUUUGGUUUGGUGGUCCUCCCGCUGGAACUGAAACUCCGAGUUCUAAGACUCCUGGAUGCCCGCUCGCUCCUCUCUUUGUCUGCUGUUUGCCGGGACCUCUACACAGCCUCAAAUGACCAGCUAUUGUGGAGAUUUGUAUACCUGCGAGAUUUCAGAGAUCCUGUUCCCAGGCCGCGAGACACAGACUGGAAGGAGUUGUACAAGAAGAAACUGAAGCAGAAGAAAGACGCCCUGCGGUGGAGGCACAUGAUGUUUCUUCCCCCUCCCCCCCUUCCCAUCCCAUUGCACCCCAACCCGCUUUAUCCUGGUGCUUUUCCUCCUAAUCCUCUUUAUCCCCCAAUGAUAAUAGGGGGUGAAUAUGACGAAUACAUUGCCGACCCAAUCAACGCGCUCAUUCAUGGCCCAGAGGACAUGCCGAGUCUAUUCCCUCCACUGCAGCCCCAUUUUGAUCCAAUUGGGUUCAUUCCAGGUCCUGGCUUCCCACUCCCCGGGAGAGCCGGCGGCAAUGACAGAUUCCCCCCUAGGCCUGGUCGGGGCCGCCCAGGUGACGGUCGCCGUCCAUUCAUAUGAUG